GACAGUCUGAGGAAAAUUAGGAAAAGUUAAAUUAGCUUUAACUUACAAUACCUCAAUUUCCCCAUUGUCUCACCCCAAAAUUCAAUCCUUCUCUUUUAAUUCUCCAAAAAAUCAAAUCUUUUUUCUCAUAAUUUUAUUGUUCAUCCACACCAACUUUCCCAUUUUUUUCAGUUUGAUCUUACAGUAAAUUUUUUCCAGUUCUGUCAAAACCCGAAGAAGCUUUUUAAGGGAUAAACUUCAAAUCUUUGCUGUUUUUUUAUUUUUCUUACAAUUUCUGGGUUUUUGCUUCCAAAAAAAUUAUGAUUUUUUGAGGGUUUGUAGGAAUUGUUUUUCUUGGAAUUUGAAGUAUGGAAGGUGGAAGUGGUACUAUAAGUAGCAGUGGAAUCACAGUGGUGGGAUCAGAUGCUCCUUCGGACUACCAUGUGGCUCCAAGGUCCACUGAUAAUCCAAUUCAGAUGAGUGGAUCAGCGCCGCCUCCUCCGCCGGGGACCACCGCUGCUGGAGUGAGUGGUUCCACUGUUGAGAAGAAGAAGAGGGGCAGGCCUAGGAAGUAUGUCCCUGAUGGCUCUGCCACUAAGCCCCUCUCACCUAAGCCGAUAUCCUCCUCGGCCCCUACACCGAUGAUUGAUUUCUCGGCCGCGGAUAAGCCCGGAAAAGUCCGGCUGGCACAGCAUACGAGAAUGGAGCAGGAGAAUUUGGGUGAAUGGGUUUCAUGUACAGUUGGUGCUAAUUUUAUUCCUCAUAUCAUCACUGUCAAUGCUGGAGAGGAUGUCAUGAUGAAGAUCAUAUCUUUCUCUCAACAAGGUCCUCGGGCUAUUUGCGUUCUCUCGGCUAAUGGCGUGAUUUCAAGCGUAACGCUUCGUCAACCUGAUUCUUCAGGUGGCACAUUGACAUAUGAGGGUCGUUUCGAGAUGCUCUCGCUGACUGGAUCAUUUAUUCCUUCCGAGACUGGAGGGAUGAGGCACCGAACUGGUGGUAUGAGCAUUUCGCUAGCUAGCCCCGAUGGUCGUGUUGUAGGGGGUGGGGUUGCUGGUUUACUGGUUGCUGCCAGUCCCGUCCAGAUUGUGGUUGGUAGUUUUUUGGUGGGGAAUCAGCAUGAACAGAAAACGAAGAAACACAAGACACAGUCGACGACUGUUAUACCUACUGCUGCUAUUCCUAUCUCGAGUGCAGGGGUGGAAGAACCAUAUAAUGCCAACUCUUCUUUCCGUGGAGACAGCUGGUCUUCAAUGGGCCCCGACUCAACGACUAAACCCACUGAUAUCAACACAUCUUUGCCCGAGUAGUAACCCUAAAACGCUAACCCCAUAGGUGGAUUAGACAAAACAAAAAAUCUUGUCCAUUGUACUUUCCAGAAUAGUGUAGCAAAUAUGCACUAACAGUUCUCUUACCAACGCAAUUGGCGUCAAAUCCAUUCAUGGAUUCCCUAGUUAUCGAGUCUUAUCACCCAUAUGUUGUUCGUUAUAAACUUAGUACUUGCGUAAUUAGGCGAGGUUUGUGUAGUAAAUUAGCUAGUUAGUGCAUUCGAGUUGACAUUUUUUCGUCUAUGAUCUACUAUCGUGUUGUUGAAUGUAUAGAGAUGUCGAUGUAUUGUCAUUUCUGUUCGCUUAUUUAUUCAACAUCUUCUAGUCUUUUCAAUGUAUCCAAAUUCACGAUUUCUUGUUUUCAA